UGAAUCUUUGCUUUUUUACAUUUUUUCCUUCUGCCUUUAAAUCCAUUAUUCAUAAGUAGCUGCACUUGUAAAUCUAUAAUAGCAUUGUUUUAAAAGCGGUCUAAGUCAUGAACAACUCACGGUUUAUAUGGUACUGUUCGUUAAUGUAACAGCUAUAGUCAUUGAAUUCUCAUUGCAUGAUUCUUUAUUUCCUAUCACUUCAAUUAUUUUAAGUAUUGCUGCUAAUAGAUACGCUGCGAAAAAGACCCUACCAACUACCAAGGGUGUUGUUCUUCGAGGAUUUACAAACGCAGAACUCGCCCGUAUUAGUUCAUCUACGUCUUCGAAUCAUUUCUGCUUGUUAUGUUAAUUCUUGAGCACAAUGUCUGAUGAUGAUUUCAUGUUUGAAGGAGAUGAGGAUUACGAAUUCGAAUUCGAAGAUGACGGGAAUGAGGAAGAAGAUUUAAAUGUCGAUGCUGAGAAUAAUUACUACAAUGCGAAAGCUAUGAGAGAGGAAAACCCUAAAAGGGCAAAAGAUAUGUUUCUUGAAAUUGUUAACGAGUCGUCUGGUGAUUUGGAUGAAUGGGCUUUUAGAGCAUUAAAGCAAGCAAUUAAACUAUGCUUUGCUGCGGACAAACAAGAAGAGAUGCUACGGCUCUAUCAACAACUUUUAGGAAGUAUAAACUCGACUCAUUUAACACGCAAUUACACGGAAAAGUGUAUUAACAAUAUUCUUGAGUAUGCCUCGAACAGCAAAAAUGCCAAGUUCUUAGAUGAAUUUUACAAAGCAACUCUAAAGACACUCGAAAAGCAACAAAAUAACCGUUUAUGGCUCAAAACGAAUAUGAAAUACGCUGAAUUUUUUCUGAAACAAAAAAACUUCCACAAGUUUAAGGCAAUAGUGAAGCAACUGCACAAACUUCUCGACAACGAGGAAGGAGUUGAUCAAAAUCGCGGAGCACAUAUUCUUGAGCUGUAUUCGCUUGAAAUUCAAUUCUACACAGAAGUUCAAGAUACUAAACAUUUGAAGGAAAUUUAUGACAAAUCAUUACGAGUUCGGAGUGCAAUCCCUCAUCCUCGUAUUCUCGGUAUUGUCAGAGAAUGCGGCGGUAAAAUGCACAUGCUUGAGAGAAAAUGGAAGGAGGCCCAAACAGAGUUUUUUGAAGCUUUCAAAUGCUAUGACGAAGCUGGAUCUCUCGCGCGUAUACAAGUAUUAAAAUAUCUUGUACUUGCCAGCAUGCUUUCAGAAUCAAAAAUUAACCCUUUCGACUCACCUGAAACACUUUCAUAUAAGAAUAACCCUGAGAUUAUCUCCAUGACUGAGCUUGUAGAUGCAUAUGAGCGUUACGAUGUAAAGGCUGUUGAAAGGGUACUUGAAAAACAUCACGACGAUAUCAUGAACGAUACAUUCAUUUCACAGUAUGUUGGAAAAAUUAUCAGCACAAUCAGAAGCCAUGUACUGUUCGAAACUAUCCAGCCCCUAACGCAAGUCAAGCUCGACUUCUUGGCUGAGUACCUGGAUGUCUCGGUUCCCGUUGUUGAGCAAGCACUUGUGGAUCUAAUUGUAACCGGAAAAAUCAACGGAAGAAUUGAUGCUAUUAAUAAUGUGUUCACUAGCGCAAAAGUGGAAGACACAGACGACCUCGAAAACCGAUUAAUCGAAAGCACCCAAAAAGUUUGGGAGAAAUUAACGAGAAUGGAGAAACAGGAGGCUUAAAUUUUUAAAGCAUCAAUCUCCAAAACGACGUUUCCGGAUUCAAUAAAGGAACACGUGUUACAGGACAACACUGGUUCUCAGAAACCCAGCCUUGGAUACAGGGAUAACAAAAAACGAAGCCAGUAGUCAAGACUGCCGGGUUUUGAAUAAUUGAACCGCAAAUCCGACAACUAGUUCCCGUAUGAUAGUCACUUGCCAUAGUAGUCCGGGGUGGUCCAAGAUUUGUGAACCAUGUUUUGGAAACAGAAAAGUAUUUCUGGUAAUCAUUUUCAUUCCACCAGUUUAAGAGUCGUAACGCUAGAAUGAAAGCUGUGAAUCCAUUCUCUAAAAUGAAGUCACGAAGCUUCGUGGACGCUGAUAUGGGUGCAUCGUUUCUGGUAUUUGAGCUAUCAGUUCUUUGAGCAUAGAUAACUUUUUGAUGAAGGAUUAGAUCUAUGACAUUGGUGUACUGUGUCUUUCCGCACAUAUACAAGAUUCUGAUGACCCAAGUCAAUAUGUUCCAACAGCUCUUUAGUUUCCUGUAAAGUUUUAUUAUGCACCCAUAAAGUCUUGCUUUAGGGAAUGACAGUCCAGGAGUUGUAAGUCUUUUGCUUAAGGAUGCAAUACAGUCAUCCAGUUUUCGAAUUAGAUAAGGAAAGAGCGUCUUUGCAACAGUUAAAAAUUAAGGACUUUCUUCAUUUAAAUCAUGUAACAUACCAAUGUUAGCAACUUUUGUUUUUUAUCUGUGUUG